UGCCGCUGACGUGGUGCCAGGGACAAAACGCACAUCCCUCCGGCGAAAUCCAUAGGCGAAGCUGGGGUUGAGCGGAACGUGCGGCUCCCUCCCUUUCUCUGACGGAGACCAGGCAGGCAGGAAGCACGUUGCGGAGCAAAAUGAGCCCCAGCGAGGGCAGCGGCAACGGCUGAGAGCGGAAGGGAGGCUGAGAGGGUCCCGCACCUCACGCCUGCUCGGGCGAGCGCGCUAACGGAGGCGCUCCAGCGCCAACCUUUCCACUUUCCCGCCUCCGGGUCCGUUUCCGCGCCGCUGCCUCGCAGGUAGAGAAGCCGAGGCUCCCCUCCGCCCGAGCCCGCGUUUGCCACACGCCGCUUCGGAGGAGGCAUGGCGAAGGGGGGAAGGAGGAAGAAGAGCAAGAGCGAGGCAGCGGCCGCCUGGCGCCUGGUCGGGCUCCUGGCGCUGGCCGUCGCCUCUUUCCCUCAGCUGGUGAAUGGCAAGGAAGGGAGGGCAGACUGGACCCAGGCGAAGUAUUCCCACCGCCCUACAAUUCUAAAUGCAACAAGCCUUCAACAAGUUACAAUGCAGACCGAUGUCAAUCGAAUGUGGCAAAAUGACCUGCACCCAAUACUGUUUGAGAGAUACCCAGGAUCUCCUGGGAGUUACGCUGUGCGUCAGCAUAUCAAGCACCGUUUGCAAGGAUUAGAAGCUGGCUGGGUUGUUGAAGAAGAUGCCUUUCAGAGCCACACUCUUUAUGGAUACCGCACGUUUUCAAAUAUAAUCGGCACCCUCAAUCCUCUGGCCAAGCGUCAUUUGGUGCUUGCUUGCCAUUAUGAUUCUAAGUACUUUCCACCACAAUUUGAUGGCGAAGUCUUUGUUGGUGCCACUGACUCAGCUGUGCCUUGUGCUAUGAUGCUAGAACUGGCACGUGCCCUGGACAGACAGCUUCACUCUCUAAAGGAAACCACUAUGGGUACCAGUCCAGAACUCUCCCUGCGUCUGAUUUUCUUUGAUGGUGAAGAAGCAUUUGUUCGAUGGUCUCCCUCUGAUUCUCUGUAUGGCUCUCGGUCCUUGGCCCAGAAAAUGGCAGCUACUCUGCACCCACCGGGUGCCACUAGUACCACUCAGAUUCAGGGCAUUGAUCUUUUUGUAUUACUGGAUUUAAUUGGUGCUCGGAACCCAAUCUUUCCCAUUUACUUUCUAAAUACAGCUCGAUGGUUUGCAAGACUUGAAGCAAUUGAACAAAGUCUUCAUGAUUUGGGUUUGUUAAAGAAUUACCCUGCUGAAAGGCGGUACUUCCGGAGUGAUCUACGAAGACAUCCAGUUGAGGAUGACCAUGUUCCAUUUUUAAGAAGAGGCGUUCCAGUCCUACACUUGAUACCAUCUCCUUUCCCAAGAGUAUGGCACACUAUGGAGGACACAGAAGAAAACCUUGACAAGCCCACUGUUGACAACCUCAACAAAAUUCUGCAAGUGUUUGUGCUUGAAUAUCUCAACCUGUGAUAACACACUCAUGGUACUUAUUCAUUUGCUGCACUGUUCUAAAAUUAGGUCAUCUUUGGGAUACUUCAAAUAUGUUUUUAGAUGCUAUAGAAAUAAUCAGGAACAUAGGAAGCCGCCCUAUACCGAAUCAGUUAAUCUAGGCAACUCUGUCAACAUUGACUGGCAGCUGUUCUCCAACAUUUCAGGCAGGAUUUGUUCUUUACUCUUCCUGGAUAUGCCAGGAAUUGAACUUUGGAUCCUAUGCAUGCAAAUUAUUUGCCCUGCAACUGUUAUAGACUAUGUUGCUGUUUAUAACAUGUGAAUGAUAAGUAAUUAAAAAAAAUUAUAUAGAAAGUUUAAAAUUGAUUUCUUCCAAUAUGCCCACAUCCACCAUGAAGAGAUUCUAAAGCUAAUUAUGCCAGUAAAACAGAUGAAAAUAAAAUCCAUGUAUACAAAGGUAUGUUUUAGUGAGAGAAGAAAAGUUAUGCAAAACUUA